AUCAACUCAAAUCCAAGAUUCUUGUCUAACGUUACUCUGGGAUUUUUUAUCUGUGACAACUAUUUUGAUGCUCGGCUGACUUAUCGUUCCACUUUGGAGCUGCUCUUCCGAUCCAGCCAGUUGGUUGUCAACUACCGAUGUGAUAUCAAGGAGAAUCUCAUUGUAGCCAUUAUUGGCGGAUUUGGUGCUGAUAUCUCAUUCUUCAUGUCAGAUACCAUAAAUCUUUAUAAAAUCCCCCAGCUCGCUUAUGGCUCUUUUGCCCCAAACAAGCAUGGGACAAAGAUGGCUGCUUCCUUUUACCGCAUGGCUCCCAGUGAAACCCUUCAGACUAUGGGGAUAAUCCAUUUGCUUAAGCAUUUUGGAUGGAUAUGGGUUGGCCUUAUAAUUCUGGAUGAUGACAGUGGAGACAAUUUCCUCCAAGCCCUGGAGCCACUUCUGUCUGAGAACAGGCUCUGCUCUGCUUUUCUGGAGAGAAUUCCCAAACAAGCUUUUUUUUCUAUGUUACAUUCUCCUGUAGUUGGUAGAAUAAAUGUUUAUUUGAGGAAAACCAUAGUCAAUACAUUCAUCUUCUAUGGGGAAAGCAGCACAGCGAUGCUUCUGUUUAUGUUCACAAAAUAUACAUACAUAAUCCUUGGAAAAAUGUGGAUUCUCACUGCUCAAACAGAACUAACGUUAACAAACCUUCAUCAACCCUCAGAUUUGCAAUUGUUUAAUGGAGCAAUUUCUUUUGAUAUUCACUCCAAUGAACUGCCGGGGUUGAACAAAUUCCUUUGGGCCCUGAAACCAUUACAGAUGCAACGAGCUAGUUUGUUCAAGGAGUUUUGGGAGCAAGGCUUUGAUUGUGUCUUUUCAGACAGCACUAAACCAAUGGAAAGUGAUGAAGCAUGUACUGGGAGAGAAGAUCUGAAAAAGCUUCCUGCACAUUUAUUUGAAAUGAGUGGCCACAGCUACAGUAUCUACAAUGCAGUCUAUGCUGUAGCACAUGCUGUUCAUGGCAUGAACUUGCUUAGAUCUAAACACAAAAAAUUAGCAGAGAGUACAAAGGAUGAACUUCAAGAUCAAGACAUCUGGAAGCUUCACCAGUUUCUCAAAGGCCUUUCAUUUAAUAAUUCCCUUGGAGAAACUGUUUCCAUCAACCAUCAUGGAGAAGUGCUUUCUGGAUUUGAUAUUACAAAUGUGGUCAUGUUUCCAAACAACUCCUAUCGUAAAGUGAAAAUUGGAAAGAUGGAUCCCAAAACACUUGCAGGAAACAAAUUUGUCAUUCAUGAAGAUUUAAUUGUUUGGCAUAAAGAUUUUAAUCAUGUUUUGCCCCGUUCAGUGUGUAAUAAUCCCUGUCCUGCUGGCUAUCAGAAGAAAAAGAAAGAAGGGGAACCAUUUUGCUGCUACGAUUGUGAUGCAUGUUCUGAUGGGAAGAUCUCAAACAUGCCAGACACGAUUGCCUGUUCUGAAUGUCGAGAAGAUCAAUAUCCAAGUAAGGACAAAGUUCGAUGCAUCCCCAAAAUCAUAACAUUUCUAACUUUUGAAGAACCUUUAGGAAUCAGCUUAGUUGUGGUUGCUGUUUUAUUUUCAGUCAUUACCAUGUUCACACUUGGAAUAUUUAUUAAGUAUAAAGACACCCCUAUUGUUAAAGCUAACAACAAGGACCUCACUUACGGUCUUCUCAUCUCCCUUCUGCUUUGCUUUCUCUGUUCUCUUCUCUUCCUUGGAAAACCUCUCCAACCGAUUUGCUUCCUCCGACAAUCUGCAUUUGGCAUUAUCUUCUCUGUGGCUGUCUCUUCUGUAUUGGCUAAAACUAUCAUGGUCAUUGCAGCAUUCAUGGCCACCAAACCAGGAUCCAGCAUGAGAAAAUGGUUGGGCAAAAGACUGUCCAUCUUAAUUGUCCUUGUCUGCUCUUUCCUUCAAGCAGGCAUUUGUCUGGUGUGGAUGAUCACCUCUCCCCCCUUUCCAGAAUUUAAUAUGCGAUCAAUGACUGAAGAGAUCAUAGCAGAAUGUAAUGAAGGCUCUGUUGUGAUGUUUUAUCUUGUCUUGGGCUAUAUGGGGUUUCUGUCUCUGGUCAGUUUCAUGGUGGCUUUUUUAGCUAGGAACCUGCCAGACACAUUCAAUGAAGCCAAGUUCAUCACUUUUAGCAUGCUGAUGUUUUGUAGUGUUUGGUUGUCUUUUGUUCCAACGUAUUUGAGCACCAAAGGAAAGUAUAUGGUUGCUGUGGAAAUCUUCUCCAUCUUAGCUUCUAGUGCUGGUUUAUUGGGAUGUAUCUUUUUUCCCAAAUGCUACAUUAUUUUGCUGAGGUCUGACCUCAACAGCAAAGAGCAACUUGUAAAGAAAAAGCAUUUUUGA